ACAGAGACUCGCAGUGUUGAACAUAAAGAAGUAUAUUUGAUUUAAUCUGUAAACUGAGGCGCUCGGUGGGUCCUACAGUUUGUGGGCAGCUGUUUCCGGGGGGUCCCUGAUGCAGGCGCAACCUGUGUGCGCCAGGAAAUCAGUCCGUGUCCGAGGUUCAACUAGUUUUGUCCAGAAAAUGGAUGAAUUUAAAGCCUGUAAUCUGGACUACUUACCCGAAAACAUCUUAAUUGACAUGUUGUCUUAUCUGAGCGUACGGGAGCUCGUGAGAGCCGGAAGAGUGUGUAAGAGAUGGAGACGCCUUGUUAAAGACCAAAGACUGUGGAGAACUGUCGACCUGACUGCAUGGAAGGGGGUGACCUCCCGCAUCCUGUGGCUCCUGCUGCGUCAGUAACUGGGUUGCGGAUUAAGGUGCCUUAGGUUGCGUGGUUUGCUGCUGUCUGCCCGAGGGGGCACCUUUCUGUCUGAGUCUUGGCUCAAAGCUUUGUCCACAAAGUGCCCUCGCCUGAGUAAGCUCUAUCUCCUGCACGCAGACCUGAGAUGCCUGCCCAGCUGCCAGCUCCUGCCUCCGUCUUUGCAGGUGCUGGAGCUGCGUGGCUGCGAGCUGCCUCUACUUUUUUUCAAACAGACUCCUACUUCACCUGCAGAAGCCACGUCCAGUGAUAGUGCUCAACAGCAAGGAAAGGAUCGGAAAGGAAAAGGGCAUGGCUCUCCAUCAGGGAUUGGUAUUGAGAGGUUAGUCCUUCACAAUGUGCCCUCUUUCACGGACGACCACCUGCAGAGUCUGGCAUCAUGGGAGAAGCUCAGUCGAUUAGAGCUGCGAGACACCUUUCGUGUUUCGGCUAAUGGGCUCAGGAACUGUUCUGCCAAGGAUGGUGCCUGUGGUGUGGAGGGGCUUUCAAGGCUCAAGUUUCUGGAAUUAGGCAUCACUGGGCGGCAGGGCUACCAGUUACAGAUGGCCUCUCUCGGGCUGGGGACAGGAUGGCUCGGACUGGAGGAACUGAGUCUCGGGGGUAAGGAGGUGGGACCAGGCUUGCUUUGUGCCAGCCGUCUGAAGGACCUGAAGUCACUGUGCCUGUGGGCCUGCACGCUCAGCGAGAUGCAGAUAGUGCGGAGCUGCAGGAUGCUCCGCGGGCUCCGCCGCAUGGAGUUUUUGGAGGUGAUCUUCCAGCCUCGGCAGUGUCCACCAGCACAGGAGGGGGAGGGUGACGGUGGUGGAGAAGAGCAGGACAAUGAGGAAGCUGCAGGGGGAGAUAACAGCAAUGAUGAGAACAAGGAGAUAGACACGAAAGAUCCCAUUCCAAGUUUGCGUCGCUCGCUGGCUGUCCUGCUGCCGUCUUGCACACUAGUGUUCACCAACUGCUCUGUUCAGAUCAGUGCAGAUUAACUGAGGUCUCUGAUACUACUGUAUGCAAGUGGCCAACAUAGAUACUAUUUUCUCUCUCACCAGCUUAUGCCAUUUUAGGUAGUGUUAUGGAUGUAAUGAAUGACUUAAGUUCUAAUUAUUGUGUCAUUUACAUACUUAGGCUCAGCCCACAUGAGCUUACAAGAUACCACAAUCACAUAUUUAGACCUUUAUGUCAACAAAGUUUUAAAAUCAUUGACAAAACAUCUACUGUGUGACACGGGAGAAAUCAAAGUCACCUCUAAAUACUACAGAUUGCCUUCUUUUCCAGGCUUUUAAGACUGUUUCCUUAAAAUAUUUUUUAAUAUGCCAGUCUCAACAGACAGAGGAGGAAAACCAGUUUUAAACUGUGCAAUUACAGACCUCUAGCUUUGAAAUAAACAAACAGUUGCAUAUAAAUCAGGGCCAUACUUUUGUUUAAUAGACAUGUAUGUCCUUAAAGGAGCAGUGUGUAGGAUUCACGAGAUUUAGUAGCAUCUUUCAGUGAGGUUUUCAGAUUGUAACCAGCUGAAACUUCUCCCGUGUGCCAAGCAUGAACUCCCGGUUAGAGUUCCUGCAGUGCUCAUUGCUCAGGAGGCUUUUACCGGAAGCCAAAUUAUCCACAAAGGUCUUCUCCUCUCCAAAUCAAAUGGACCAGGUGAUUAAAACCAGGGGGGCUACUUACUACGGUGGCCAAUGCAAAAACGCAAAUGGCCUGAUCUAGAGCCAGUGUUUGGUUUGCCUAUUCUGGGGCUACUGUAGAAACACUGUGCUGCAGCUGGCAAACUUUAUAGAAGAGGACCCAUUCCUCACGUAGAUAUAAACCAGUAAUUCUAAGAAUCUUGCCGAUAUAGCCCCCUAAAUUCUACACACUGGACCUCUAAUUUUGGUUUUGACAGGAUAUUUUUAAACCAUUUUCCUUUAAACUUGAAUAAAAACAUACUUUUAAUGGUGCUUUAUACGGUAUAUGUUAGAGACAGAGACAGACAGAAAUAUCCGUUGAAUAAUCCAACAAACUAAAGAUAUGUGACAAAUUAAGGUACUAUGUUACAUUGAUUUAAAAAAAAACAAAAACAUAUGUAGCCACAGAGCAGUCUUGCUCUUUGAUUUUUAAAACUCCUUCAAAGAUCCAGACAUAUUAAUGUUAGAGCUGCUACAUUACAGACGGUCUCUCUGAUGGUAGCCAAAUUUAUAUCACCUCAAGGUGUAUGUUGUCAUAUUGUCAAACCCUACUACUUUAAUCAGUGUCGUCAGUGUAAACCAGUGAGCAGUCUCACUUUGUAAUUCAUUGCUCACAUGCAGACAGGAAAAGUUUUUAAACUCUGUCACAAUAAAAGUGAACAAAACAUUGAUUCGUCGCUGUAAAGACAUCAGCAGGUGUCGGUUAAACGGCAGAAAACUGUGUGCUGCUGGCAGUGAUCCACCUGUUUCCUGUUCCUUCACUCCUUAUCAACAACGUAUACAUUCAGAAAAUAUAUCUGACAAGCACAUGUUUGGUUUUUGUUUUGGUGUUACAGAAGAACAGCACAACAUAUUUAAAUGAAUCCUUAUCAAGUCCCAAUUGUCCUCUACUUCCCCCUUUUUUUACUGUUUGACUUUUAGAAAUUAUGAAAUAAAAAAUGAUAAUUGUAAAUGUCUGUUUAUUGCAUUAACUAGGAAAAACAUGGAAGAUGUGUGUGUCACUCACAUGAAUUAUGUUGCAUUUAAACCAACCACUAUAAUUUUAACCUUCUGUAGAAUUCUAAAUGAGAAAUUGUUUUGAAUAAACAUAUUUUGAACAAA